AGAGCAUCCAGUGCUCUUAACUGCUGAGCCAUCUUUCCAACCCCUAGAGCAAACUACUAUAAAUAAGGAAACACUGUUACCUAACACGCACUUCUUUUCCUCUCUGGUGGUAAGUAUUGAAUUCAGGGCCUCAUACAAGCAGCGAGCCAGGUGCUCUACCACUGGACUAAAUUCCCAGACCUAGUUUUUCAUUUACCAAGAAGAAUUGAGCAAGAAGGAUGUUUCCUGGCAGGUUGCUGGAUUUAAAGCUGCUCUUCUCACUAGUGUCAAAGCUAAGAAAGAGGCCAGCUGCUGAUUCAUGGCAGGAAGGUUCCCGCAGCCCUACUUCCCCUGAAGCUUCAACUAGAGAAGGGCCCAUAGGUGAUAUUCUCUUCCAGGGAGGAACUGGUCCUGUUUUACUCCUGAGAUCCAUUUCUUAUAUAUUUGCACCAUGAGGCUUGGCGUAGCCAUGGUCUUCUGCUCUUUGGUCAUGGGAGUCAGCAGUGAAGGCUGGUAUUCGUUCUUCAAGGAAGCUGUCCAAGGAGCUGGAGACUUGUGGAGAGCCUACUGGGACAUGCGAGAAGCCAACUACCAAAAUUCAGACAGAUACUUCUAUGCUCGGGGGAACUACGAGGCUGCACAAAGGGGUUCCGGAGGCAUCUGGGCUGCUAAAAUCAUCAGCACUGCCAGGAAAUAUUUUCAGGGCCUCCUAAACCAGUACUAUUUUGGAAUCAGCAACCAUGGAUCGGAAAGCAUGGAAUCCACCCGGAAGGCCGAGGAAUGGGGCCGAAGUGGCAAACACCCCAAUCACUUCAGACCCCAGGGCCUGCCUGAGAAGUUCUGAGCUGGCUGUUCCCACUGCUCUCAGGGGACGAGGCUGGGCCACAUCCCUCUGCCCCUGAUACACUGUCACUGUGCUCUGUGUCCCCAGGAACUCUUACAGGGAUCCCAAAAUUGCCAAAUAAAUAUUUAUCAAAUUGAA